AUGGACGAUGUGCAAGAAGCAGUGGAGCUUUUGGAAGAGCAAAAUGACGUGACAUCCGUGCGCAUUAAAAAUGACAUGCCAAAACUGGUAGACGCCACCAGAGAAGAUCUGAUCAGUGAUAUUCAGGAGACCAUUGAACAAGCGGUGGAAGAAAACUCUAUGGAACCCCUUCUUGGAUUGACCAGCAUGCAAGAAGCAAUUGUGGGCAAACCCAUGAUGAGUCCAUUCCAUGCAAGUGUUGCCCAGCCAAAGCCGUCUACUUCUGCUGAUGCUUCACCCCAACCUGCAUCUCCUAGUAAUACGGCCGACCGCGGUGGAUUGAUGGCUGACAUUAGUCGCAAGUUCCGCUUUGUCGAGGAAGAAAAGAAGACAGUGGAAGAAGCUGCCGUUUCUGCCUCCUUGUACAUGAACCCUGCCACGGAAAAAAUUGCUCCUCAUGUCAAGAUUACCUGGGAACCAGAAGUGGCAGAAACAUUGUUGCAUUUGGAAAAGUGCAGCAACAAAAACAGACCUUUCAUGGUGGGCCUUGUAGGCAUUCCCGGCAGUGGCAAAAGUACCUCGGCGGAUAUCUUGGCAGCCGUCUUGGGAAACGAACGGGCCAUUGUCAUGCCCAUGGAUGGAUUCCACGUUCCACUGGCUGACCUGGCGGAAUUUCCCAACCCUUCGGAUGCUAUUUACCGCCGCGGAGCCCCCGAUACUUUCAACCCGGAUGCCCUACACAAGGAUCUCACCCGCAUUGCCUACGGAGAUGAGAGCUCUGUGACUAUCCCAGGAUUUGAUCACGCCGAGGGGGAUCCCAUUCCUGACCAACACACGUUUGAUCGAGAUCAGCACCGCAUUGUGAUCUGUGAAGGCCUUUAUCUGCUACAUGACGAUCAUGGUUGGGAUAAGAUCAAGUCUUUCUUUGAUUGGACUAUUUACAUUGAUGCAGAUGUUGAUACCUGCAUUGAACGCCUGAAGAUUCGUAACAAGUGCAUUCCGGGCUAUACCCCCGAAGAAAUCGAGAUUCGAUGCGACGAGGUUGAUCGAGUCAACGCUGAAACCUCGAGAGACGGUGCCUACAAGUAUGCUUCGCAAAUUGUCAAGUCGGGCGCUUCCAACUAA